AUGCCUUAUGUGGUGGAAGAUGUCAUUUCAGCGGAUAUUGCAGAAGAAUCUUCGGUUAAAUUGGCCGAUAUCGAGAGAUAUGCGGCAACGACAACUCCGCCACCUGAGGAACAGCAACAUCUUAUUUUUGUGGUAUUAUUGUUUGUUAGUGGAGCGUUAAAUGUUAUUCAUCUUUACAGCUUGAUCUUCAGCCCUCGGAUGAAGAUUGAUGCAAGAAGAUGGCAUGCAAUCUACUGCUGUUUGGUCAAUUUUAUGUUAUUAGUAAGAAUACUUAUUAUUUUUUUUUGUAAUUUACUAAAGACACCGGAAGCUGACGUCAUUGACCCUCAUUUUAUCUUACAAAGAACGCCUUUGUCUAGUCAUAUGAAAACAAUGCAGUAAAAGCUUUUUUACAAGAAGCUUCCGUACUACAAAACCUGUCUAUAACGAACUAUCUCAGAAGUCCCAAAAAUCCAUAUUCUGCCAAACAGAAUCUCUUUACAAAGAAACGUUUUUAUAACUAAUAACUUUUUGUGACUUGUUUCCGAGGUUUGAGCGUAAUUGCAUUAUUUCAGUGGUGUUAUGCCAACUUUACCAAGAACCAACCGUUUUAUGAAUUCAGUCCUAAUAUUUACUGGAAAUCACAUGCCGAUCCUAUUCAAAUGGUCCCUUUUUCUGCCUUCCCUGCAUGUAAGUUACAGCAAAAUAUUGGUACCAAAAUUUUGAUACAGGACUUAUGUAUAAACUAUAAAUCUUUUUCAGCGCUCUGCCUGUUGAUUCUCAUAAGCAUGGUAACUUUUAUCUCCAAACGGCUCAAAUCAUUGUUUCUUUUCAAAUGGCUGCUUUCUUUGAUGUUCUAUGUAGCCUUAAUUUACGCGCAAUACGCUCUUGUUACAUCUUAUGUAAGCGGCAUUCUUGCCUUGAAGUUAAACCGUAUUUUAGUACGACUCUAUUAAUGAAGCCGAUAUGAAAAUUGUAAACGGUCAUCCCAUUUUACACUUUCACUAUUACACCUGUAUGUGCGCGGCUUUUCUCUGGUUGGUUUUACUGGUAUUUGCAAUCUUCGCGACUCUUUAUUAUGGAGUAAAAGCGUUCACCAGCAGGAGGAAAGUUGUUGGAAAUGUAAGCCAUCAAAGACAAUUUCAAUUGGUGGAAUUUUAGAGACUAAAAGACGUCUACUCCCUAUAUGGCGUCCUAUUGUAUUCGACGGCAGUGAUUUGGUGCCAUCUCCCAAAAGAAAGCGUUCUUCUGGGAAGAUAUAUGCAGGAAGUUUUCAUCCCAAUGCAUCCUCAACAACUGGAUAUGUGGAAGUUGGGCAUGAUAUCGAAGAUCUCUAAAAGUCCUGUUAUUCCGGCAUUUGUUGAGGCAAUUCCAAUCACGAAUGGGCUAAUUCCGGCCGUAGAAUAUUUAGCGGGUAGUAUUUGCUUUACGGUAAGUCUAUUCUUUACAAGGGAAAUGAUCAAAGUGCUCUAAAAACCGGGUUUUUAUUUCAACCACUUCCCCGGCUAGUUCAGCACAAAAGACGGUAAUAAAACGCCAUUAUUUUAGUCCUUCCGUGAGAGCCUUGUCCAGCUUCUUUCCUGCGGCUCCUUUUAUCCCACCUCAUCCGAGGGCUCUAUUUGGAAUAUCUGCAAACGUCUCAACCGAAUCCGCACGGCGUCAGCGACAGUUACAAAAAAGGAAGACAGCUCCGUUCAUGUUGUGGUUAUGGAUACCAAGAUCAAAACAGAGCUUGAAAUCAUCACAUAA